CAACCUUCUUCCACCCGUCAUUGAUUGUCAACACAGCCCUCGUUAGUCUCGUCGUUGAGUUCCUGACUAUGGUGAUAGAAGUACUAUAAAUGUACUCCUCAUCGAACACUUUCCUGGGCGGCGCUCAAAGCGCCCGCCCGGGACAACAGGCAUCACCCUUCGGACAACAACAACAACAGCAACAGCAACCGCAACAACAGAAUAUGUUCCCCCAUGCUGGUCUGGCGCCCCAAGCAACUGGAUUUCCCGGCGGCCAGCCUCAAGCUCAGUAUACUGGAUAUCCAGGUGUCUCAGCUCCUCAACAGCCAGGCCUUCCGACCUAUAGCCACUCUCAGCCACCGCAACCGCAAUCGCAUCUGCAGCCGCAAUAUCCUGGAUUCGGUCAGAAUCAACUGCAACAGGCACCACAACAACAACCUGCUCUUUCACAGUUCCCCGCUCCUACAGGUGCUGUGCCCUCGAUUGCCGUCCAUAAGACCUCAAGCCAAAUGGCUCAGUCGUUUCAAGAUACCGGUGGUCCUGCUUCUCGGCCCACGCCGCCGCCCAAGACGGGUGGAUCGAGGAUCCCCAGCAUCAGGCUUUCGUUCAUUACAGCACAGGAUCAGGCCAAGUUUGAACAGCUUUUCAAAGCCGCCGCCGGAGAAAGCCAAACAUUGGAUGGCGAGAAAGCUAGAGAUCUUUUAAUGCGUUCCAAGUUGCCUGGUAGUGAAUUGUCAAAAAUCUGGGUUUUAUCAGACACAACCAAAUCUGGCCAGCUGUUUUUCCCCGAAUUUGCUCUCGCUAUGUACCUUUGCAACCUACGGCUGACCCAAAACGAAGUUCCGACUUCACUGCCCGAUCGAAUUAAAAAUGAAGUGUCUAGUAUGGUGGAUAUCAUAUCUUUUGGCGUACCUGACACUCAGACUCCUACUCCUCAGUCAAAUGCUCCCAAGUUUGAUGCACCUCUCAUGCAGAAUUCAGCUGCCCCUCCCGCACCCCAGCAACCGCAACCGCAGCAACCAUCAAAUACGCAGCUGCUCAACCAGCUUACCUCCCAGCCCACCGGCUUUUACAACCAGGCAGCGGGUCUCCAGCCAUUAGCUGGAUUCCCUGGCCAAAGUUCAGGCCUGGCUCCUAAUCCGACAGGCUUUCCAGGACAACAUCAACCUUCCCAACCACAACCGACAGGGUUUUUAAGCAACCCUCAAGCAACCGGUUACAAUGGUCCCCGUCCACCUCUACCGCCAAUGCCUGCUGGAUUUAGUUCGAACCUAUCACCGUCACAGACUGGACUUACUGCAUUGCAAGCUCAACCUACGGGAGUUCCUGGACAAUGGGGCUUCGUCAACGCCCCGGCUACUGGUCUACCCAAUAUCGAAGCUUUGAAGCAGCAACUUAUGCCCCAACCUGGCCGGGAGGGAGGUUUCACGACUGCUGGGCUUUCGGGGAAUGCAACCAUUCCUUGGGCUGUCACGAAAGACGAGAAAAAGAUUUAUGACCAACUAUUCCGUGCGUGGGAUGGUUUACAUAAAGGAUAUAUUGGUGGGGAGACUGCUAUUGAGAUCAUGGGCCAAAGUGGGUUACCCAGAGAGGAACUCGAGCGAAUCUGGACUCUCUCUGAUCCCCACAACCGUGGAAGGUUGAAUCUGGAUGAGUUUGCAGUCGCGAUGCAUUUGAUUUAUAGAAGAUUGAAUGGGUACCCAGUCCCUAAUCGCUUGCCUCCGGAGCUAGUUCCUCCCUCCACGAGAAAUUUGAACGACUCUAUUGGUACAAUGAAAUCUCUUCUUUCACAAGAUGCAGAAACUCGGAAAGCAUCUGGCGCUUUCCUGCAACCGCAAAAGACUGGAGUUAGUUAUUUGAAAGAUCACUCAUUCCGCGGCGGUGCCACGUCUCCUGGAGCUGCCCGUCGAGAUGCGACUCUUUUCAAAAAUAACGACGAUUUUGUAGGUUAUAAAUCUAGUGCCCGUCGUCGGCUUGGCAAUGGGGGCAGGACCCCGUCCCCAACAACGUCGUCGCAAGUGUCCGAGAAGUCCGAGGAUGAAAUGACCGUUGAUCAGCUAAAAAAGAGACUUCGAGAGACCAAGGUCAUGCUCGAUGCGGUUGAUUUUCGCGAUCAGAACAAAGCCGAAGAAGAUGACGCACUAGAUCGUAGAGACAGGAGAGAGGCAGAAUCCUUGAUGGACCGCGUUCGACGUGUCCAAGACGACAUUGAUACUGAUCCAAACGCUGCUUUCCGUCGUGUCGACUCUGGAGCUGAGCGGAGAUCUCUGCGUCGCCAACUUCAAUCUUACCAGGAUCAAGUACCUGAAGUUGCCUCCAAUGUGCGCAAGGUAGAAAGACUUAUUGCAGAAGCUAGACUGGAGCUUUUCCGUUUGCAGGAUGCCAAAGCUCAUCCCAACAGUGCACUGAAUAUCAUCGGAACAGGUCCGGGUGGCGCUAUCACUGAAGCUGACCGCAUUAAGGCCCGUGCAAGAGCGCGAAUGCAAGCACGCGCUGCUGAGCUGGCUGGACGCCCUCUUCCUGCUUCGGAUGAUGAAGGGGCCGCCACUCGACGUGCUGAAGAAGAAAAUGUCAAGAUCAAAGCAGAGCGCGAACGGAACGAGGCUAUGACAAAGGAUGUGGAAGAAAGCGUGAAGGAUUUCUCGAGAAGUCUCGAGGACAGCCUUCAAGAAGGAACUGAAAACUCGACUCGUGAGCAUGAGAGACGUCGAUGGGAAGACGCUCUGGGAGUUGAAGAUAUAAUUAGAGAUUUAAUCUAUGACUUACAACGUGGCAGUCGAACUGCGAAAGUUCGUAAGGAGGAACAACGAAAGCCUUCCCCAGCUUAUGAGUCGGCUUCGGCCAGAAAUGAACCUCUUUCUCGGCCUUCACCACCUCCAUCGACGGAUUCAGCCGGAUCUCUGGCUGGACUAACCCACCAAGAACGUGUAGCUUCUGCAAGAGAGCGAGCACAGAAACGUAUUGCUGAGCGAAUGGCCGCGGCCGGGCUUAAGCCUAACGCAGACUCUGGCGAUACUCUGCUCCAACGCCAGGAGCGUGAGAAGAGGGAGCGUGAAGAACGGCUCAAAAAAGCCGAGGAAGAGGAUGCCAAGCGAGAACAAGAAAGACAACGUCGCAUAGCGGACGAGCAAGCCCCGACACCCUCGGCUAAAAUCGCAGGCAAAAAGCCUCCUCCAGCUCCUCCCUCACGCAAAGUGAAGUCAGAUACCACCGGCAAUCAGGACGCGAAAAGAGCCGAAGAAUCUGCAAAGGCAGAAGAGCAUGCUAUCAAAGCACGUGCUAUCCGAGCAGAACAGGAAACACAGGAGGCUGAAACCAAGCGAUUAGAGGAUGAGGCUCGACAGCAAGAGGAUGAACUUCAACGGGAGCUAGAAGCACAUGAAGCUCGUCUCCGUGCUCUUGAAGAGAAAGCUCGCCAGGGCAAGAUCAAGAAACAGGAAGAAAAACAGCGUAAGCAGGCCGCAGAGAGAGAGGCGAAAGAGAAAGAGGCUCGACUCGCUGCUCAGAGAGCGGAAUUGGCGGCAGCCAAAGAGCGUGAGCGGCAACUUCAACAUGAACUUGAAGAACUCGAAGAACAGAGUUCCUCCGACGAAGGGACAGAAGAUAUUGCAACUCCUCAAGACAGCACCCCAACUCAAAGCCAAGUGUUACCUACUGCGGCUGCUCUAGGCAUACCGGCUCCUCCACAAGUUGCUGUACAAGCAACCAGCGAGUCUUCUAGUAGCCCCGAGGCGGUUGUGACUGAAUCGAGGAACCCGUACUUCCGGCAAUUGAGCCAAUCUGCUGACGGCCAGCCGAGUGUGCCAACUUCACCCCCACAAGUUACACCCCAGCCUGCGAUUAACUCUCCGUCGCCCGAAGUCCAGUCUACUAAUCCUUUCCACAGACUUGCACAACAACAGGAAAGCGCAAAAACGACGUUCAGUGCACCGGCUGUUCCGGGCCCCCUGGCAACCAAGUCCCGAGCACGCCCUGAGCAGGAUGACGAUUGGUCCGUCGCCGAGUCUGAGAAUGACUCCUCGGAUGACGAUGAUAAUGACCGUCCAGGGGGUGGAAGUGCCAAACAACUUGCUAGUAUUCUCUUUGGCACUAUGGGUCCCCCUAGACCUCUUAGCGCAACGGACGAGGCAAAGUCCCCUACCCCCGUUCAAGAGAGUAGUCCUACGGCCGCCCCUCCACCUCCGCCUCCUCCUCCUCCUCCUCCUGUUCCAUCCAGCAUAAAUCCGGAAGGAGACUCACAUAGUGGACCACCAUCAGCACCACCUCCACCACCACCGCCACCUCCUCCAGGACCUCCUCCGCCAAGCGGUAUAGCACCUCCUCCUCCACCACCUCCUGGUGCACCCCCGGUGGCUAUUGGCGGUGGCGGACCUGCAAAUCGAAGCGCCCUCCUAGCGUCAAUUCAAGCUGGAAAGGGGCUGAAAAAGGUUGAGACCAAGGACCGAAGUUCGAGCUCUUUGGCCGGUCGUGUGUUGUGAUCUAUUUGAUAGCCUCCAGCAUCUAUACAGGCUUGGGGCAAAGCUCCGUUAUUUUUUUGGAUUGCUGUCUAGCUGUGUCAUUUUUCCUUGUCCAUUCUUCGUGGAAUGUUUUUAUGAGGGGUCAGAUCAGCCGUUUCCGACUUUCUUUUGCAACACGACUGGAUCUUGAACUGCAACCCCUGUUUUGUCCUCGUGAUGUAAUUUAAUUCCAAAUGUUACUUAUUUAGUCUUCACAUUAAUGUAUAUGAUACUUAUGUUUGGAUUGUUCCAUGAUCUGCAACCCGCGUGUAUCGUGUGUCCAUCAUGUACAGACUACACUUUGGAACUUCAUACAACCAUAAAAUACGUCGAUUGAUAUGAUUAUGGACGCAUACUAUAUCGACUACUUACGUCACCAAGG